AUGGAGAUCACAGUGUCCUCGCCGAUCGACUUUAGCGUGUCGGUCAAGAGGACGCCACCGACGGCCGUCGUCAGGACGCCUUCGUCCGGGGCCGCCGCAGCCGCCGCAGCAGCGGCUGCUGCUGCCGCUGCAACGAGUUGUGGCGGUGGCGCCUCGUCCACCACCGCCGCCGCACAGCAGUCCAACGACGGCCACCGUUCACCGGCCGCUUCACCCGCACCGCCAUCGGGUCUGCUCAAGUUCGUUCAGCACGACCACCAACACCAUCAUCACCAUCACCACCACGCCACCGGGGCCGCCGUCAUAAAUGCCUCUGCAGUGAACGGACACCACCACAGUAGCGCCGGCGGACACAGCGCGUUCCGCUUGGUCACCCCAAAAGCUAAGCACAACGAUUGCAUAAAGUUCGGCAUCAGCCGCCUGGUGGAAAAGUUCAACGACAGCCGUUCGGCUUACGACACAUCGUACGCAGCAAACAACAACAACAACAUAACCAAGAGCCUCAAUGUACCAGAUAUCGAAAACCGUCGCGGUGGCGGUGACGAAGACGAUGACGAGAGAGAAGUGAAGAGGGAGUCAGCCCGGAAGAUAUGGUCACCGGUGAGGAGUUCGCCAUCGCCAUCCUCAUCGUCCGAACUAGACGUGGAGAGCCGGUUGGCAUCGCCGGACAUCGACGUGACCAAAUGUGGUACCACCCCGCCACCACCAGAGCAACCACCACAGCCAAUGGUGCAGGUGACUGCCCGCAAGCCGCCGGUAACCGCCAAAAACUCGGAGGCUUUUAGCGUCAGUGCGCUGCUCAAGCCAGACGCACCCCGCACCAUUAGACAUCCGUUCAACCACCAUCACCACCCUCAUCACCAGCAGCAGCAACACCAUCAACAGCACCACCAACAGCACCACCACCAGCAGCAGCAGUCACCGGCCAUGACAGCCGUCGAUACCAUAUCUGUCACAAGAUCGUUUCUGUACCCUACCGUCCAGUUCCCAGACCUGAUCAAGGACACCCGGAAGGAAGUGAACCUGCACCCAUCCGCGGCCAACUCUCUGCUUCAGAAACACUUUUCCGGUUUCAGUUUUCACCCUCACUUCUAUUCGGCCGCCAACAUGCUGAACCCAUCCAGCGGUUCGCCUGAGCACGGUGGCAACGGCGGUGGAAGUGGUGGAAAUGGUGAUCCGCACACCGACAACAAUCACAACCUACUCACCAGCUCGCUGUAUCUGAGUCUAGGCGCAGUCCAGGCAGCCGCGGCCGCUGCUUUUAGCCAUCCUCUGUCCACAACAGGCAUGAGUUCGCCGGCGGCCAAUCCGUUCCACUCGUCGGGCCAACAGCAGACUUCCUCUGGCGUGGUGGUGCCUCACCCGUCGGCCGAGGACAUGAUGAAGCUCCGGCAGCAGUUCGCCCCCGGCGCCAAUCAGCCGCUGGCCGCAGCUCCACCUUCUGACCCCGGCGGCCACAUGCGACACCACCACAUGUUGAUGAGGGGCUCCGUUUUUGGCGACGUGUACUCGUGCAUCAAGUGCGACAAAAUGUUCCCGACAUCGCACGGCCUGGAGGUGCACUCCCGCAGGUCGCACAACGGCAAGAGGCCGUUCUCGUGCGAGCUGUGCAACAAAUCGUUCGGCGCCGAGAUAAGCCUGAACCAACACCGGUGGCUCUGUUGUCGUCGUUCGUCGCACAACGUAGAAAAGCUGUUUGAAUGCAAACAGUGUGGCAAAACGUUCAAAAGGUCGUCAACUCUUUCUACGCACUUGCUGAUCCACUCAGACACCCGACCAUAUCCAUGUCAGUUUUGCGGCAAACGGUUUCAUCAGAAAUCCGACAUGAAGAAACACACGUACAUACACACAGGUAAGGGAGCUAUGUUUUUUUUAAGACAUUAA